UUCAUUCUCAGCCACAUCGAGCUACAUUAUCCAUUUGUUUUCAUGAAUGAUGAUAAAAGGCACUGGGCAGCUAACAAGGAAAGCAAAGAUCUCCCCAGAGGAAUCAUCAGAUCAGCUCAGUUCUGAAGAUUGACAAGCUGUCCCCGUGGUCUCCUUUGCCCCGUGAAGACUCCACACUAAGGGUUUUUAAAGCCCCAGGUUGCAAGAGGAUUAGGAGAUUCGCUGGUCGAGAGACAGCGGCUGUGGGGCUCCGGAAAGGGCCAGAACAUGAAGGGACCCAGGAGCCUGGUGGUGACAGCUCUGGCCCUUCUUUUGGUGCUGUCUGUCCUGGAAAACUGCAGUAGCGCUCCACAGCAGAGACUCUUUGAGAGGAGAAACUGGACUCCCCAAGCUAUGCUCUAUCUGAAGGGCGCACGUGAGUUCCAAAGUCUUUAUUCUCUUCACGAGGCUGAUGGGAGACACCCAGGGAAUCCUGGAAGCCACGGAGCCGGGGCUCCGGGAGACAGUGUCACAGAGGGCCGCCGCUUCAUCUCCGACCAGGGUCGCAGGAAGGAGCUCGCCGACCGACCACCUCCAGAAAGACGAAACCCACAUCUUCAACUGCUGACUGUCCCAGAGGCUGCAGCCCUGUUUCUGGCUUCCUUGCAAAAACUACAAAAAGAUGAAGGAGAGAAUUUUGAUCAAAGCAAAUUCUUGGAAGACAGAGUGUUGAACUGGUGAAAUCCACCAAGACACAUUCAAGUGUAGGUCUGCUCGCGGUGAAAACUUGAACCAUGUGAAAAGGGUCCGUGUACCCUUCUUUCCACACCUGUAACUCUAGACAUCCUCACCCCUAGGUUUAGUCACAUGUUAUUCCUGUCUAGAACACUGUCGCAGUCUACUGCUUUGAGUUGACAUCACCUGUGUCUUACAUAGGCUUGGAUUUUAUAGGACCUUUCAAUGUCAAGUCUGAGAACCUUAUAAAUGUUUUUCUUCUUCCUGUAGUCAGGCCCUGUCUUUAGCUAUUUGUUUUCUCACCCCAUCACCCUCAUGCCCUUUGGUGUCACUCGGUAGCAAUCCUCUCUGGUUCCCCUUUCUCAUCCCCAGUAAGAAAGAGAAUGUUAGGACAGGAAGGGGUAGAAUGCCUUUUUGUAACUCUUCUAGGAGAGGUCGGUUAAGGAGGGAGGUGAGGAGAGGGUGCCUGGAUAAGAGUCCCCAGAAAACAUUUCGCUGUCAUUGCCGAGAUGACAGAUGCUUCAUGAUUCUGAAACCCUUGCAAGGUCUGUGGAGACCAAGGGAGCCUCUUUGUGUUCCUAGGAGAUGUAAUUGAAUGCCACUUAAAAACUUGGACCUUAAAGUCACUGGCAUAUAAGCAGAUGGUGAUGGAGUUUUCUGGAGCUUAUGUUACACAAAGGUGCAAACCUGUCAUUUGGGAUCAGAUCCAUGUCUGAAAAAUACUCCAUCAUGAUGUUACAUUAAGGUAUCCCCAUGACACAAGUGCAUGCCAUGUGCUAGAUUUAUCGUUUUUCAAAUAAGUUCAGGUUUAAUAUCAUGCGAACAUGUGUGAAAGCAUACACACACACACACUCACACAGGCAAACACUGGGGUAAUUUGCGGGUAAGAUCCCCACAGCAAGCAAAAUAACUCAUUUGGAAUUACAUCAUGAUCACCAUGGUACAUUUUACCUAAUCAGUUCAGAGUCAUUAACUAUGGUUAAUGACCAAGUAUUGAUUUUUAUAGCCUCCAGCGUACAGCUAUUACUUAGUAGCUAUAGAAUAUCUUUAUGUGAGUAUCUCUGUAAUCUGGUAUUUUUAACUCAUUGUGUUAAGUAAUCAAAACCAUGUACAUAUGUUUUGUCUGCUUCUCAGUUCAUAAUUAAAUAAUAAAACUAUAUCAGGUUAAUGUACCAUUGGCUGCUGCCCAAAAUGUUCAAGUACUAAGUCUGUGCGGCAUCAACACAGGCACCUGUCACUAGUCAUGACUUUUAGGUGAAUUUACUGGAGAGUCCCUUAUCCAAUUUAUCGAUUACUGAAGGGACACCCACUGGCAUGUAUUGCUCAUUUAAAUAGUUUGUUUGUUCCUUGCUCAGGAAGUGGCUCGUCUCACAGCUCCCCCAUACAAUCUCGUGCUGUAUGUUCCAUGCUGCAGUGUAGUUCAUAAAAGCUGUCUAAAUGACUGUAGCUACUCAAGUGAUACCGCCUCUUCAUCACAUUCCUUAAAUACUCUGCAGCCCAGAUGUGCUCGUAAGUGCUCUGGCUCCCUCUCUCCAGUUUGAUAAAACAUUCCAACCCUCUUUGAAUGUGUCUUUGUUGGCUUUUCAUUGCUAUAGUAGAUUGCCUGAGACUUGGUGAUUAAAGAAAAGAGAUCUAUUUUGGGUCAGGGUUUGGAAGGCUGGGAGGCCCCAAAACAUGCCUCUGGCAUCUCCUCUGUGACUGGAAGAACCUAACCCUGUUCACAGCCUGGGAGCAAAGCAGAAAGCAAGAGGACGUGUGUGAAAGAGGUGGAGCAGAAGGAGAGGACACAUUUCACGCCAACACAUUCCGGUGUAAUGACCCAGUUCGCGAGCCCUCAAAGAACUGCAUGAAUCACUUUUAAAGACCGAAUCACAUUUUAACACUUUGUUUACAGUGGGAGUUUAACCCAGGGUUUGUGCAUGCUCAGUAUGUGUUUCUGGGAUUCACACCCAAGGCUUUGGAUCACGUCUUAAAAGACCCUCCUGACUACUUCCCAGCGAGAACAGGGUGUGUUCCCAAGUCUCUGUAUUUAAACCAUUGUACAAACUGAAAUGAAUAAGGUCACACAUCAGAAACUGUUUAUGUUAUAGCACUCGUAUUUUAAGUGGGAAAUUGCUGACAUCAACACAUACACAUGUACAUACACACAUACAUGGAGCAUCUCUGCAGGAUUGCUUGCCACUUUCUGCAUGAUGCAGGAUAUCCUUCCUCUCAUUGCAUCACACCUUACUUGAUUGUUCUGUCUCUCUGCAUUGCUGGUAGAAAUCUCCCCAAACCCCAACACCACUGUAACUUGAAACAGGAGAGACAAAGGGCAAAGGGGCUCUGCCUUGUUCAGAUCAGUAUCCGAUCCAUACCCCUUCUGUGCUUGGUUAGAAACGUGAGUGUAUAUUAGCAGCCAUGAGUCUCCUUGUUUUAUGUUGCCUCAGGUGAAAGGACAGUUGGCAACACAACCUCAUUGAGUUCAGUCUUUCCAGUGACUAUUUCUUCAGGAAGAGCUCAUUUCUCAUUUCAUGUCAUUUAAAACCACUGUGUGAUGAUGCAGCCACAGCCCAUGUUACUUCAUAGAAAGCUGGGCUUGUCCUAUGAGGCCUCUUUGAAUCUCCUCAAGGAGAGUCCUCCCUGUGUCUUGAAAAGCCAUCAGCAUAACAAUUGUAAGACCUAAAGCUGCGUGUGUAAAACCAGGUUUGUUUACCAUGGCAUUGUCAUAGAAGGUGAGCAGCAGUUUCAGUUCACUGGGGCUGCUAAAACAAAGCGCCCUGCACUGGCCAUUUAACAAAAACAGAUUUGCUCUUAGAGUUCUGGAAAGCGUAAGGGCAGCAUGUUGGCAGAAUGGAUAUAUGAUGAGGGCUACUUUCCUGUAGGUGGUUCUUUGCUGUGGCUAGACUUCUAUAUGAUAGAAAGGCAAGGGGACUCCCUAGGGCCUCUCCUCUUCCUUCUCCUCCUCCUCUUCCUUCUCCCCCUCCUCUUCCUUCUCCUCCUUUUUCAAUUUCUGCCCCCUCUUCCUUUUCCUCUCUCUCCUUCCCCCUCCCUUCCUUCAUGUUUUCCUCCCACCCUCCAUCUCUCUUUCCCUUCCUUCCUUCUUCUUCGUCUUUUCUCCCUUAUUUUGAUUGUGGACAUUGAACUCAGAGCCCCAAGCAACUAAACAAGGAGUCUACCUCUGAGCUACAUCCCUAGUUUGGUGGUCUCUUCUAAGAUCGCUAACUUCAUUCCUAAUGAUUAUACCCUCGUGACCAAAACACCUUACAAAAGCCAUGGUUCCUAACCUUAUUAUAUUGGGGGAUUUUUUUUUAAAGCAGGAUUGAGCUUUAUAUAAUUUAAGUCCCUUCUUCCUGGAUAUGUUUUAAAAGAUGAAUUCACAACCAUCUUGUAUGUUGGCUUGACUCAUUCAUUGCUUGUAUCCAUGGGGAAGCAGGAGCGAUGACCGCCUCCAAUUGGUCUUCAACCAUGUGACAUGGUGCCUCUUCCACGGUCACCCUCAAAACACCCAGCUCUAGACAGAUCAGCUCUUCUAUGGAGAAUUUUCAGAGCAAGGUUAAUUGGCACAGUAGUCAAGGUGAUCUCUAUGCCGUGGGUGGGACACAGUGAAUGCUAGUCAGUUAUAAAAAGAAAAACUGGGUAAAGGUAGGUUCUGUUGUUAGCGUUUUGUCAGUUUUGAUUCUAUUAUAUUGGAAACAAAAAUCUACUUAUGUACUAUCGUUCAACUAUCCCCUUCAAUACAUCACAGGAAGUGUUAGAGAAACUGCUCCCACGUUUAAGUAGAUUUCUACUUUUUCUGUUAUUUUUUUC